GUCAGAAAUUUAAUUUCGAUCUCAAUUUCCACAAAACACUACCCCGAGUCCCCGACUUUCCCCAUCACCUCCUCGUUACAAGGAAUUUGGGAAGACGUGUUUUUUCGCUCUUAACGAUUUGAAUUAGAUAUGAAAUUCCACGAAAAUCGUCAAUAUCGCCGUGGAUUUGCUAGAUUUUCUUCAGUCGUCUUGUGACACCACAGUACGCGAAAUAUUGCUUAUUCAAUUGCUGCCAUAUGUAUUUCAACUUAUCGAAAAAAUAAUUAUUAAGGACAAUUAUCUUGUUGGUGAAAAAAUUCCGAAAAAGUCAUAACCAAAUCUCAGUCAAAGAGUCUGUGACUACAGUUUUAUCACCUUUAACCUGGAAAUUACGACGGAAUAAGAUGCUCCUACGCUACAUUGACAUUGAGCAACAAAGUCACCUCUAACCCCUUCAUCUUUUAUUAAACAACGCGUGUUUACUUGUUUAUUAACGUAGAAUCGAGCAAUAUAUUGAUUGCAAGAAUUGUUCAAAUUACGUAUAUCACAAACCAAUGGUACCAAGUACCAAGGACAUUAGUCACAGGCUGGCUAACUGCUUGGACAACAACUCGUUGCGUUAAUAUCCGCAAGUCAUAUCUGGAUAAUACGACUCUCACUCACUCACUGGUCCUUUAUCUAUCAUCAAUCAGAAUAGCAUUAAAGUCAAGAGAAAGUUUAGUUCACAAUUGUUAUAAAAUCUUCAAAGAAACCAGACUUUUCUGAUAACAGUUUCUGACUUUCUCUUCAUAUUCAAAUAACCCAAGGUCACUGGAAUUGUGUGUGAAAGGAGAAAGUUCUAGAUUCCACUAUGCAACGCAACUUUACAUUAACCAUUGUAGUAAAGAAACGUUUAUUUCAAAAACGGUUAUUAAACGAAGUUUGGAUUCACUAACGACAAUUCCUUUACAGACCAACAGUUCGACGCAACCUAACCUGGAGAGCCUGAUUGAAAUGGUUCUGAACGCUGAGCUCGAUAAGCUGGCAGGGACCGAAAUUGGUAUCGACAAUUUAUACCCAGCCGUAGUAGAAUGCUUUUCAGUGAUUUUGCUGGGAUUCAUAGCUGGCAAGGCAGGAGUUAUAUCCCAAAGUGAAACAAAAGGCUUCAAUUCUUUCAUAGGAAAGUUUUCACUUCCUUCCCUCAUUUUCCUUUCACUAGCACAACUUGAUCUAAAAUCUGUCAACUGGUGGUUUCUGCUUGCUAUAUUGUUGGCAAAAACAUUGGUGUUCUUCUCUGUUAUGUUGAUCUCAAGUCUUGUAAAUCGGGGUACAAAAUUAGACAAGGCUGGAAUAUUUGCGAUAUUUUGCACUCAAAGCAAUGAUUUUGCUCUUGGAUAUCCCAUCAUUGCUGCAUUGUACGGUAAAACUCAUCCCGAGUAUGCUGGAUAUCUUUACUUGGCAGCACCGGUGAAUCUGUUACUGCUAAAUCCUAUCGCAUUUAUUUUAAUGGAGGUGUCCAAGCAGAAGGAGGUGGAGAGGUUGCAAAUAGAAUCCGAUGGGGCUAAAGGACUUCAAUACGAACGCCCAAAAUAUCAAAUUGUGAAACGCGUGAUACUGAACCUAUGCUGCAACCCUGUAAUAAUAAUGACCGCACUCGGUAUACUCGGAAACUUGAUAUUCAAACAUUGUGUGCCUGCCAUUUUGGAAGGAAUACUCAAAGUUUUAGGAUCCGCUUUCUCUGCGUGUGCUCUUUUCUCUCUUGGGUUAACCAUGGUCGGCAGUGCUGCAAGUCUGAAAGGGUCUGGAAUCCUUGUGCCAGGAAUACUCAUUAGUGUGAAACUGUUGGUUUUGCCCGUCGUGACGAGAGAAAUGGUUAGCUUGCUUCAACCCGGAAUGAAUGCCAACGACACCGCUUCCUUGAGUAAUUUUGGCUUUCUUUACGGCACCUUUCCUUCAGCCCCUGGAGUAUUUGUUUAUGCAAAUCAAUAUGAUGUCGCCGUGCAAAUGAUUGCAAGUGCAAUGGUCGCCUGUACAUUUGUGUCUGCUCCGUUAAUGUUUGUUUCUGCUAAGAUGAUAACUUUGCAAAAGCUUAACCCCAGAGAUUAUGUCCAUGACUUGGACACUUUUCUGCAAAAUAUUAGUGUCUUGGCAUUCUUAGCUUGUACCUGGGUUAUAGUCGUAUUCGUACUUGGAAAAAAGUGGAGAAAAGUACCUCACUGUUUCACAUUGUUUCUGGUUGUGUCGCAGGCAAUUUCUUGCCUUGGAGCAAUCCUUUGGUCAUGGUUAGGUGUGGAUGGAUGCACUGGUUGGAAGCUAUAUCUGCAAUUUGGCGUUCUUCAGUUUGGAAUAUUUAGUUCGCGAAUCUUCACCGCAAUCUUAGCAGCCAGUUUAGUUUUCCUUAGGUGCCGAAGUCUUUGUUUUGUACUACGGUUGCGUCCCUAUCUAAUUGUUAUGGGCUGUGGAAUUCCAAGUGUGCUGGUGACGGUUUUAAUGCUAGCAGUAAGAAGGGAGACUCUUGAAGAAAAACAGGAUCCCGUUUUCCAAUAUGGAGUAACUCAAGCAUUGGUCGCGGUAAUGCUACUGAUGAUAUGUUUUAUCGUAACAAUUGGCUGUUUGAUUAUGCAACAACGAUAUGAAAGACAAUAUGCACAAUAUAAUACUCUUCCAACCCAUCUACACGAAAGUGAUGAAGAUGUCCCACCACGUCGGUCGUUACGAAGGCGAAACGAGAGCGUUUCUUCAAGAAAUGUACGACUAGGAGGUGGUGUAAUUCCAACUCCAAAAUUACGACCACGAGCGAGAAGCGGAUCCUGCUCUGGGUGUACAAAGGUAGAUGAGAAUGCUCCAGGUCCAUCGUUUUCCAGACCACAGAUUACUGUCACCGAAAUUGAAGACUUGAAAACGAGUGAUCAUGAAUUAGAGGAUGACGAUGCAGAAAGCCUUUUCAGUUUUAAUGAUGACUUAUGUGCUCCCUCGAAACACCCGUGCGAUCCCAUUCAGAGAAGACAUUGUACAACUCUUUUGGAGAGAUACAGGCAGACAAACUAUUUAACAGAACCUGAAGAAAUUGGGAUCGUGCGAGACAGGGAUGAUGAGUUUCAAAUGUUACGGCACAUUAUUCUUCUUCUUCUCUUGUGCUCUUCCAUGUUUGUUGGAAUGGCUCUUUGUAUCUGGACUUUAAUUAUGGAAGAUGUGACAGGAAUUUAUGUGGAAUUAGUAUUUCUGGAUGCAGCGCUGAAUUUUGGCCAAGGAUUCUUUACUUUCAUGCUAUUUGGACUUAACACCAGGAUGAUUGUAAUGCCGUUAAAUAAAUGGUGGAGAAGAAUCAUUUAUGGAGAAGGUGCUAUAAGGUUGCCAGCGUGGGAGGAACUUUCUACGGAGACUAGGGAAAUCUGUCACCAAUUUCUGACUUAUCACUAUGAAAAGUGCAUGCAAGACAUAGUGCGAGACCGACGCUGGAGGAUGGAAGAAUACUGGCAAGUUUUUUGUGGAAAUGAACUAGUUGACUGGCUCCUGAUGGUUGGUUUAGCUCGAGAUCGUAUUGAAGCUAUUAAAUACGGAAAGCAUUUGCUGAAUGGGCGAGUCAUACGUCAUAUUAAAAAUCUGCAUCCUUUCCACGACCAACCAUUUUUCUACACGUUUAGUCCAAAUGCUGACAACCAAAUGGAAGAACAAUAGUAUAGAUAUCUCAGAGCUGACGAUUAAUGUUACAAAAAAUUAAGCCAAUUUAUUAAUGGAUCAAAUCUCCUGACUUUGACUAUGUUUAUUUUGAAAAGACGUACGUAAUAUAAUCACAUUUCUAAACAUUAUUUUUCUAGUCUUCAAGCGUGCUUGUGCCUACUCUAUCGCAAAUUCAACGAUUAAUGUUCAACUUUGUAUGUAUGUCAUUUGAAGUUGUGGUGAUGUACUUUUGUGUGGGUGGUAAAAAAUAUACCCAACCUAGUCGUUUCAUUGCUCACAAACGAUGUACCUUACACGUUAUGUUUAUACAUCACCUUGAGAGAAAGUAUUUUAAAUUAGUCGACUCGAAUAAGAAUAUGUUACCGAAAUGUUACCAUUUAAAAAUAUCACGUUUGAACCUUUCCUAGUUCUCUUGAACAUGUGUGCUGUUACCAUUUAUUGCUUAACGUUGACGUAACGUCAAUUUUGUUGUAUUAUUAUAGUAAAUACUGUUUAUUUUAAAUAGACACUUAGAUAUGUAGUGUUGAUCUUUCUUGCUGAGUAUAUUUCACUCGUGAAUAAAAUUUGUUUUUGCAAAA